ACUUAAUCGGACAGUUAGAUCAGAGAUAAGAUAGACGCUCUGUCAAUAUGGGUAUCACGUGUAACGGCCGGUCAUUUAUGAGGGUCGUGUUGCAAGUUCUGUCGUCGUGGUAACGUUCAAUGUGAAGUGGUUGGUGACUGUUGUACUUGCACAUUUUUUAAGUUUCUAUACGUAUCUUUGCGGAAAUUUACUAAUCAAACACCCAUGUCGCCCACAUCAUGGAUAGCCUGAUCCGGUCUCUCGGCCGCUGGCCAUUAGACGACAGAUUUUCUAUCCACACCUCUCGCCAAAUCAAACCUGCAAAAUUCAUUGUGUCAUCACCGCGACCAUUAUGUCACAUCAAUACGUUGAUUUCUUUUGGUUUGUUGUGGCCGCUGCGUUGUUUGUCUUCUGGAUCGGCUACUGGCUCGUCCACCUUCUAGCAAUUGUUUACGGAAAAUGGAAAUUGCAUCGUAAGAGCUGCAAACAACCAAAAGAAACGCCAUAUCCGGCCGUCUCAAUUUUGAAGCCACUUACUGGAGUCGACGUGAAUUUAUUUAGUAAUCUCGAAACGUUUUUCACAAUGCAAUAUCCAGUGUAUGAAUUAUUAUUUUGCAUAGGGGACGAAAGCGAUCCGUCGUUGAUGCUGGUUAAAAAGUUAAUGGAAAAAUACCCGAAAGUAGAUGCACAAAUCUUUAUUGGUGGUGAAAAAGUAGGCAUUAAUCCAAAAAUUAACAACAUCCAGCUUGGAUAUGCCUCUGCAAAAUAUGAAUUGUUUAUGAUCUCAGAUUCUGGUAUCCGAAUGAAAGAAGACACGCUUAUUGACAUGGCAGAACAUAUGAAAGAAGACGUUGGGCUUAUUCACCAAAUGCCAUUUGUUUGUGAUCGGGAGGGGUUCCCAGCUACUCUAGAGAAGAUUUAUUUUGGAACAGCUCAUGCCCGGAUAUACUUGGCGGCCGAUUUCGUAAGAGUUAACUGUGCCACGGGCAUGUCGGCUUUGAUGCGAAAAUCGCUGAUCGAUGACGCUGGCGGUCUUAAAUCGUUUGGAUGUUAUUUAGCCGAAGAUUUUUUCCUGGCAAAGGCCAUUAAAGACCGUGGCUGGAAGAUCGGCAUUUGCAGUCAACCUGCGUGGCAGAAUUCUGGCAUUUGCCACAUACCUACCUUUCAAGAAAGAAUCAUCCGUUGGGCGAAGUUAAGAAUCGCGAUGGUUCCUAGCACGAUUGUCUUCGAGCCAGUUUCGGAGUGCAUGUUGCUUGGUGCCUUAGCUGCCUGGUCUAUCUACUGGCUGUUUCAGUGGGAUCCGCUUGCAGUUGGUUUGUUACACAUUCUUGCGUGGUUUAUCCUCGAUUGGAUUCUUCUUUCAAUCGUGCAGGACGGCCCAUUGCCUUUCAGCAAGUUCGAAUUUGUGCUAGGAUGGUUCUUGCGUGAGUUGAGCGCACCCUUCUUGUUUCUAAAUGCUCUGCUUCAGCCUACCAUUCGCUGGAAAACGGGAGUUUACCGUCUUAAGUGGGGUGGUGUAGUUGAGGAAUUAAAACCUAAAGUGAAACCUUGACAAGUUAACCCGUAUUUCUGUUGAGUUUUCGAACAAGUGCCGCAUGACAAGGAGCCAAAGUAAAAAUUAAUAUUGAUCAUUGCGUAAGUAAAUGUAAGUGUGCGUGUGAGUAAGUUAUUGAGAAAGUUGUGCUUGUCAUUUUUAGUCACAUCAGCUUUGUAUUGUUGGGCAUUUUCAUUGCCGAUUAACGUUCAUAAUCUGUUAGAAAAGAAAGUUAAUUUUGUGUUAGGAACAACCUUGUCGACCAGCAUACGUUAGUAAUAUUAGA